AUGGCUAAGAAAGGGGAGAAGAAAUCGUUUCUCAUGCACGUGGUUGCAGGCGGCGGCGCCGGGGCCACAGAGUCACUUAUUUGCCAUCCGCUCGACACCAUUAAGACGCGCAUGCAGCUGUCACAGUCGGUGGGUCGACCGCUCAGUCCAUUCGCAACGGCGUCUCGUAUCGUUGCACGCGAGGGUGUUAGAUCGUUAUACAAAGGUCUCGUACCGGUAGUAUGUGGUAUUAUUCCAAAGAUGUCCAUUCGUUUCUCCUCGUUUGAAUUUUACAAGGAAAUCCAGGCUGAUGCGGCUGGUAACGUAUCCACAAGCGCAACAUUCGUGGCUGGACUAGCUGCUGGUGUAACAGAAGCUGUAAUGGUAGUCACUCCCGUAGAAGUGGUGAAGAUUAGGUUGCAGGCUCAGACAAGCUCUAUGUCCGAUCCCUCAGACUGGAGCAGGCGGAAGUACAAGGGCAUGUGGCACGCUGCGUACUGCAUUGUAAAGGAAGAGGGCCCUAGUGCGUUGUACAAGGGAGUUAUACCUACAGUAUUGCGCCAAGCGUCCAACCAGGCAGCCAAUUUCACUGCAUAUCAGGAGAUCAAGAAGCGUAUGAUCUCAUACCAAGGUGUCGAAGAAUUGCAGCCUUGGCAACAUCUUAUGAUUGGUGGGUUCAGUGGUGCUAUGGGACCGCUAUGCAACUCUCCUCUUGAUGUUAUUAAGACUCGUCUGCAAAAGCAGACGAUUGUCAAAGGACAAAAGCCCAAAUACGACGGUGUAACCGGAGCCAUCUCAACCAUGUUCAGGGAAGAGGGUAUCCGCGCAUUCUACAAGGGACUUUCUCCUCGUCUGAUGCGUAUUGUUCCCGGACAGGCAAUCACAUUCAUGACAUACGAAGCCAUCUCGAAGCAAUUAUACGAAUACCCCGCAUUCCGAGUGGGAGUGGAUGUUGCUGCUGGUGAGCUUAAAUAA